AUGCUGCAUACCACUUGGGGGGCUCUUGAGAUCGGCAUGGAUGCUAAGAAAGGCCAGUCGAUACUCAUUCGAGGUGGCACUUCGUCUAUUGGAAUGGCGACUGCUGUCUUGGCCAAACAACUACUGAUGACGGUUUAUUCUACAACUAGGAAUGAGCGGAAGAAAGACGCACUUCAAAAAGUCGGAGUUGACCACGUCCUGAUGGAUGAUGGAAAUGUUUCUGCACAGGUCCGGGCGAUUGCUCCUGAGGGUGUCGACUGUGCGAUAGAGCUCAUUGGAACGGAUGCGUUACCGGAUACGUUGAAAGCCUGCAAGGUCAAAGGCGUCACUUGUUUCGUCGGAAUGCUAUCCAAUCAGUGGACCGUCAAGGAGUUUUACCCGAUGCUUUCCGGUUACGCCAGCGGAGUGGACCAGCUUCCAGAGCACGUGAUUCAGGAGUUUCUCGAUGCUGUAGAAGCGGGAAGAGCCGUUGUGCCGAUCGACAAGGUUUUCCAAUUUGAAGGGUUGAAAGAAGCUCAUGAGAGGAUGGAAGCCGGUUCAGCGGUGGGCAAGAUGGUGGUCCUCACGGGUACGUGA